UUCCAACAGGCGCGAGUAGAGAUGGCAGUAGAGCGCGACGCCAACCUUGCCCAGCUAGUUUCUAUGGGCUACCCUCCCGACGAGGCCAGCACAGCUUUGGAGGAAUCAAAGAACAGUCUUGAUGGCGCCAUCAAUCGCCUCUCAUUGCGUCAAUCCAAUCGCCACCUCAAUAUAUCAAACAGAGGCAGAGCAAGUGGCGAAAACAGACGGGGUCGUGAGCGUCGUGACGCUGAACGCAGUGUCAACUUCAAUCUUGAUAUUGAGGAGGAUCCGCGCUUCGAUCCAGUGAAUUAUGUGGCUUACUUUAAUCUUUUAUGCAAUUUAAUUGGCUAUAUUUUUUGA